AUGAAAAGACAGAAGAAAAUUGAUCCGGAGAUCGAGAGAAAAAUCGAAUUAAAAACCAGCGAAGACUCUGACGUCGUUCUCGACAGAUGGGAUCGUGAUGGAUUCUCUUGGUCACAAGAAGCCAAUGAUAUUCUCAGUAACAAGUUCCAUCUUGAGACCUUCCGACCACUCCAACGCGCCGCAAUCAACGCAGUGAUGAGUAAAGAGGACGCUGUUGUGAUUCUCAGUACAGGCGGUGGCAAAAGUCUCUGUUAUCAGCUACCGGCACUUCUGGCCAAGGGUCUGACUCUUGUAGUGUCUUCAUUAGUCUCUCUGGUCGAGGAUCAGAUUCUACAACUCAGAAAGUUGGGAAUCGAUGCGUCGAGUUUGAAUGCAAACACUUCGAAAGAGGAGGCGAAACGAGUGGAAGAGGCGAUCACUCGUAAUGAUUCAGAAUUCCGUUUAUUGUAUGUCACACCUGAGAAGCUCGCGAAAAGUAAACGAAUGAUGAAUAAAUUGGAGAAAUCGUUGGCUGUCGGAUUCUUGAAAUUGAUUGCGAUUGACGAGGUGCAUUGUUGCUCGCAGUGGGGACACGAUUUCAGAACUGAUUAUGGAUUUUUGAAUGUGUUGAAGAGACAGUUCAAAGGUGUCCCAAUCCUUGGUCUCACCGCAACAGCCAUCAGUAAUGUGCUUGAUGACGUCAAGGAUAUGUUAGGAAUUCAAGCAGCUUUAGUAUUCCGUGCUGGUUUCAAUCGUUCCAAUUUGAAAUAUCAAGUUCUUCCAAAGAAAGGAAACGAAGACGAGUGUGUAGAAGAGAUCGCCGCUAUCAUCAAAAAGCGAUUUUCGGGAGAAACUGGAAUUAUCUAUUGCUUGUCUAGAAAUGACUAUGUCAGUGAAGAAGCCAAGGCGGCGGUGAAGAUUAUCGAAGAAAAUCUAAACUCUGCGAAAGACGGAAGUGGCCGAAUCACUGGCAACAAACUCGUCGAGCUUCUAGCCAAAAGGUUGAAAGGGAAACGAUCACGAGAAUUUUGUGAGCGACUAAUCGUCUUCCUUCUCCUCGAAUCAUAUCUUCAGGAAGAUUUCCAUUAUACUGUAUACUCGGUUAUCAGUUAUGUAGUCGUUGGAUCCAAGUGGAGAGUGUAUAAUGGACGGGAUGAGAUCCUAAUGACAGUGGAUGAUGAGAAAGGAUCGGUUUCUGCUGCUUCAAGUAUAAAGAGUCGAAAGAGGAAGGCUGUGAUCAGCUCAGACGAAGAUGCAAUUUCAUAA